AUUCCCCUUCUUCUCUGCUCCAAAUCUCAUUCCUACUCCCUCUGUUCUUCUGGGUUUUUCAUAAAUUUUCUCACCAUCCAAACAGAUUCUCAUUUUUCUCUCAGAUGGAGAAUGUAACAUACGAAGAGGAAUUUAUAGUGAAUUCACGUGGGUUGAAGCUCUUCACGUGCAGUUGGGUUCCGAAGAACGAAGAACCAAAAGCUCUGGUUUUUCUCUGCCAUGGCUACGCCAUGGAAUGUAGCAUCACCAUGGACAGUAGUGCAAGGAGACUAGCAAAGGAAGGAUAUGGAGUUUACGGGGUUGAUUAUGAAGGACAUGGGAAGUCCUCUGGGUUACAAGGCUAUGUUUCGAGCUUCAAUAACGUAGUCGACGACUGUUCUUCGUUCUUCACUUCCAUAGCUGAAAAGAAGGAAAAUAGGGAGAAGAAAAGGUAUUUGAUGGGAGAGUCAAUGGGAGGAGCAGUGGCUGUAUUGGUACACAGAAAACAGCCUGAAUAUUGGGAUGGAGCCAUCUUAGUUGCUCCCAUGUGUAAGAUUGCUGAGGACAUGAGACCAAAUGCUUUGACGAUAAGUUUUCUGACAAAGCUUUGCAAAAUAAUUCCAACCUGGAAAAUUAUUCCAACUCAAGAUAUUAUUGAUAUUGCCUUCAAAGUCCCUGAAAUUAGAAAACAGAUUAGGGAAAAUCGGUACUGUUACAAAGGUCGACCUCGAUUGAAAACUGGCUAUGAACUCUUGAGGAUCAGCUCUGAACUUGAACAUAAGCUUGAUGAGGUUUCUGUACCAUUCCUCCUUCUUCAUGGUGAAGAUGAUCGGGUUACGGACAAAUUGGUUAGCAAACAACUCUAUGACGAAGCGGUGAGCGAUGAUAAGACGUUGAAGAUGUACCCGGGAAUGUGGCACGGUUUGUUGUACGGCGAGACGCCGGAGAAUAUAGAUAUUGUAUUUUCAGACAUCAUCGACUGGUUGGAGAAGAGGAAUGUGAAGUCGGAAUUAGAGAAGAAAUAUGAAAAUGAUCGUCGAGGUGGUUUGGAAUCCAAGCAACAAUAAAUUCAUUAAUUGUUCGUAUUGUAAAUAUUUAUGAGUAAA